AUAGCAACGCAAGCUGACUUCUAAAUUAGAAGCUGUGAUGGCCUCUUAUCUGCAAUCCUUUUAGAACUCUGUUUCUUUUUUUAAAGUAUUGUUUUUUUAAAGUAAAUUUAGUUCUCAAUAUACACAAUGGCAUUGCCUUUUCUCCCAGGAAACUCCUUCAAUAAAAAUCUUGGUAAGACAAAGUUUCACAAAUCACAUCACUUUGAUUCUGAGAAUGAUACAUUUCUUAUGGUGGGAGCUAAUAAGCCUGGAAUAGGAGGCGAACCAUUGUUAGGUCAGAAAUAUAAACCUAGAAAUACUGUGUUUCCUCGAGGUGAUGGCACCUACCUGCCCUCUUGGGUAGCUUUUGACAGACAGGUAUUAUCCUUUGAUGCUUACUUUCAAGAAGCAGUACAUGAAAAGAGAGAAGAGCAGUACAGGGUUAGGCAAUGCAAAAUAUACUUUUAUUUGGAAGAUGACUCAAUUCAAGUGCUUGAACCACGUCUUAAGAAUGCUGGUGUACCUCAAGGUACUCUUAUCAGACGCCAUAGAAUUCCAAGGCCACCACCAAAUGAUGAUGAAUUUUACACAGCAGAAGAUUUUAAUAUUGGAAGUGAGAUUUGCCUUUAUUCAAAAGUCUUUAAAAUUGUUGACUGUGAUGAGUUUACUCAAAACUUUUUGAGAAAAAUGGGAACCAAUGUUCAAAGGCCAGCCAGGCCACCAGAAGAUCCUUACAUGAAUUAUAGAAAAGCUCUGGAUGAUGCCAUGAGCCCACUGCGUCCAUAUGAAAAGUAUGACACACUCAAACAAUUCUUGGAUCAUGAUCGUCAUGUGCUGCGGUUUUAUUGCCAUUGGGAUGACUCUGAAAACUUGUUUGGAGAUCCCAGGGAGAUGAUUUUACAUUAUUACCUGGCUGAUGACACCAUUGAGAUCAGGGAGGUUAUACCACCCAACUCUGGUCGUGAUGCUGUCCCAGUAUUUUUGAAACGUGGAAAACUUCCUAAAAAUCCAGGCAAUCUGCCACAGCCUGGUGUUAUUACCGACAGAACUGUGCUUAAUGUAUUUGGUCCAUCUGGUCAGGGCAGUCGAUAUAUUUUAGACAAUUUAAAGACAGGUGCAGUCAAUACUGAGUACUAUACAGAUAGAGAGCUAACUCUUGGAUCAGUCAUACUUGUCUGGGGGCGCAAGUUUGUCAUAUGUGACUGUGAUAACUUCACAAAAGAGUAUUACAAGAACAAAUAUAGCAUUGAGGAGAUGACUCCAGUAAUGUACAAGAGAGAAACAGCUGCUCAGUCUACAGCGACAUUACCACCUUACAAUGGCUUUGGCAGUGAAGAGGAUUCACUUUGCUCUACUAAAGGCUUGUUGCCAAAGCCCCCAAAGAGAGACUUUGUCAAAUUCAUGGAGCGAGACAGAUGUGGCUUAGAAAGCAAUGUAUUGAGGUUCCUUGGCAAGAUGGAAACCAAGAAGCCCAUUGAUCAGGACAGAAGAUUUAUUAUCUCAUAUUUCUUGGCAGAUGACACCAUUUUAGUCUUUGAGCCACCAGUCAGAAACUCAGGCAUUGCAGGUGGGAGGUUUUUAGAAAGAAAUCGUAUUAAGAAACCUAAUCAGAUGAGAUACAGUACAGAGCCUUCUCAGUAUUAUGCUGCCACAGAUCUGUAUGUUGGUGCCCAUGUGGAUUUCAACAGUUUUAAAUUUGUCCUGAUUGAUGCUGAUGAGUAUGCCUUUAAAUUCAUGGAGGACAACAGCCACAUUUUCACCAAAUCCAAUAUAGAUAUUGUCCUUCAGAAGAUUGCAUCCAGACUGGGAACCAACAAAGAAGAUAUUCUAGCUUUCUUUGCUAGAACUGAUCCAACAGGUUCAGGCUACAUUCCUUAUGAAAAGUUUAGAGAAAUGGUUCUUAAUGUUGAGCCUUCUUUGACUGAACAAGAGAUAAUGACUGUAGCAAGGCAAUACAGUGACAGAAGAUCUGACAUUAUCUUAGAUACUGACAAACUAAAAUCCAUCAUACAAGAAGAGCUCAGAAAGAAAAAUUAUGAGGACUUUAGCAUUUUGAUUGCCUCUCUACGACAAGAAGACAAAAACUGCACUGGGUACCUCGAUAGACAAACUAUAAGGAAAGAGUUCAUUGCUCAACAUGUGCCCCUGCCAGAUGACAUGCUUCAAGCUGCACUCUCAGUGGCCAAGACAGCUACAAAUAACAAUGAGCAGGUCUUGUAUGAAGACUUCAUAAAUUCUCUCAAUUGGCGUGAUUAUCCAGCUCCAAUGAUUCAGUACCAACCUGUCAAUGCUGAUGACGACUGGUGUGGCACACGAGCACAAAACCAGGUCAACAAUAUCAACUACACACCACUGUUAGAAAGAAUUUUUGGCAGUCUAAAGGACAGACCAGAAAUCAUUCCUUAAAUGUGCACAAUUUAUGUUCUCAACACAAUUUAACUGUUAGAAUAUUUGUAAAAAGGAAAAGUUUUUAAAAUAUUUGGAGGAGCUUUUUUGCAAGUGAAUACACACUUAUUGCUAAAUAAAUAGUAGAACUUGUUAUUAAUAAAGUUACUUCAGUUUAAGGGAGAAAAAAAUGUGUAAUAUAAAUGUUCAUGAAUUUUAUUGAUAUGCAAAAUUCACGUUGUUAUUCUUAUAACAAUGACCAUUUAUUCUUUGUUUGUUGGAGAAAAAUGUUAUAUUAUUGAAUAUAUACAUACAACUUGUACUAUCUAUUUAGUGCCAAUAUAAGAAAAUUAAAUAUCUGGAAAUACUUUGAAUAAGAAUAACAGUUUUCAUGUGUAUUUUGUGACUAAGUAUGCCAUUUUUUUUAAAGCCUUGCAAUUGUAAUUUCACUAUAACUUAAGAGCUACAUGAUUAAUAUGAAUUAUCACUAUAGUGAUGCUGUAAAAUAUACAUUUACAUUUGUCAAUAGUAGGGCUAUAUAUUUAAUGCAACUGUGAUAUCUUUUAAAAUAGUAAAUAUGCAAAUUCUCUGUGUAUCAUUCAACAAUAUAUGUAUUGUUUUGUCUCUUUUAUACAUUGUUUUGUUCCUCAUUUUGUUCUAUAUUUUUUUUAUACUUUAAAUCUGUUUGAUACCAGAAUACAUUAUUUUAAUAUUUUGAAAGAAAAAAAAAAUAAACCCUUAAAAAUCCAUCUCUUAAAAUGUUUUACAAAGAAGUUUUUUUUUUGCAAAAAUAUCGUAAUUUAUAAAUAUAUUUUUUUCAUUUAUGAGAGAAAUACAUCACACAAAAUAAUAUGAAACCAAAAAUUUUGUCUUGCUUUUUCUUUUUAAUAAUGAACUUUAAAGUAAGGUACACAAUUCUAUUCAGAACUGAAUAACUUUUAGUUGCUUUCCUUGUAAUUGUUAUUUCCUAUGUAUAUUUGCUGAUUGCAGAAUAAUCUUAGUAAUAAACUUGUGCAAUAAACUAUAAUUGCAUAACAUAAGCCACCCAAUCUUCUGCUUUUAUGUCUCUAAAGGCAAACUAUUUAUUUUGAUAGGUGACUGAGUGACACAAUUACCAGACAGCCACAGCAUAGCCAAUAUAAUAUAAUAUACUAAGCUAAAGUUAGUAGAAGAUUAUCCCACUGUAUAUCUAUGAAAAUAAUGGUAAAAAAAUGUUCAAAUCUUUGCAUUAAAUAAAGAAUACUGUACUGAACUCAUA